AUGUUUAUCAAUCAAUUUUUUUUUUCAAUUUUACGUUAAAUCUCUUGUCAAUUUUUUGUUUUAAAGGAAAAUCUCAAAUGAAGAAAUGUGACUCUCUUAUAGUAGACUCAUUUACAAAGACAAUCGCGUUUUAAAUACAGUCAAGUUCACGCUCACCAAUUUACAGCUGACUGUUUUAAAUACAACCGCUGAUUCCAACUUUUUAGUUAGUAUUAAAGUGAAUUCCUUGGUUGUUGUCUCGUGAAAAGUGAAAUUUUUUUCGGUUGUAGUGACAAAAGUUGUAAAAGAGGAGGUCAUCUUAGUUGCAAGUGUUUUUGUUGUCACACAAGCGAGUAAAUAAAAAAGGUUAAAAAAUGAAUGUAAAUAAAUUACCGUACAAGCUGAAACUCUAUCUGGGGCUCGUGAACGAUCGUGCCGUAAUGGAGCGUUUUUCGCGGCUCUCGUCGCCCCAAGAAAAGGUCGACAUGUGUCUGGAUUUGCUGAAAGAGGCACAAGUUGAGGACUUGAUUGCGGAACGUGACGUGGGAAAAUGCGAAGAAAAGGCCAAGGUCGCGUACACGAAGGCAAUGGAGCAUUUGGAGAAGGAAAGUUUCGACGAAGCCUUGAUCGCUUUGAACGAAAGUUUGUGUUUCGCCCCAAAUAAUUCCUCGUUACUGGCGAAAAUCUACACGCAUCGGGCCAAAAUUUACUUUAACAUGAAACUGCUCGAAGCUUGUAUGGAAAACGUGAAUUGGGCCACGGAAUAUGGGGCAGGGAACGAUGCCACACUCGAACUCGAGAAAAUCCGGACGAAAUGCAUCAAUGCUGUUGUCAGUGGGGCUCCGGUCAAGGAAAAGGAAGAAUUUUCGGUGGAACCGAAAUUAUCUUAUCCAUCGCAUGAGAACAUUCCCUUCAUCGCGAACAGCAUCCAACUGAACAUGAACAAAAUUUACGGACGUCACUUGGUUGCUAAUCGCGAUUUGUCGCCAGGUGACGUAAUAAUGGUCGAAAAACCGUUCGCGCCAGUCAUCGAACCGAAAGCGGCAUAUCAAAAGUGUAACAAUUGUCUGUCUUUCGCCUUUUAUAAUCUCAUUCCGUGUCCCACAUGCGUUGGGGCGAUGUUUUGUAGCCAACAGUGUUAUCAGCGGUCAUGCGAAAGGUCACACAACCACGAAUGUCUUAUCAUGGAAAAGUUGCAAAAGUGGUUUACGGACGAAUCCUUGGUCGGAUUCAAGCUGAUUCUCUUGGCGCUUCAUGCGUUUCCCGAUUUAGACGAGUUAAACGCUCUGCAAGAGACUAUGAACUCCACCAUGGAGAAUCAAUUCACGUUUGACUUCAAAAACGCCAACGAAUACACAAUUUUCAAGACAAUUUGCUCCCUUACGACAAUCGAAAAUGACCGCAACACCGAAGACCUGUUCAAAAAGACCCAAAUCGCCGCUGUCAUGUACGACCUUUUGCUGCAAGACGAAAAAUUGCGACAAAAACUCGUCCAAGGCAGUCACGAGUCGCUCAUCAAAAAACUUUUGUAUCAAUUUCUCCAAACAACCACCAUCAAUACCUUCCUCAUGUGGUCCCAACGCGAAAUGACGUCGGCCCGGCAGCCAGAUCACUCAAUUUCCGACUUUGGUAUCGCCUCGUAUCCACUUAGCAGUUUCCUGAGUCACAGUUGUGCGCCGAAUGUCCGAAAAGCUCGUGCCGGGAAAAAUCACGAAAUUAUGCUGAUUUUCGUCGUUCGUCCAAUUAAAGCGGGCGACAAGAUCUGCGAUUGUUACGAUCAACAAAAUAAUCACAUGGUACGUGGAUUGGAGGAACGACGAGCUUGUCUUUAUGACCAAUAUUAUUUCAUGUGUCAAUGCGAGGCUUGUGUCAAUGAUUAUCCCUCAAAGGCGGAGUUGAAGAAGAAACUAAGGGAAAGUGAGUGGGAACAGAUGAAAGAAGCGAUUAAAUUUUGUGAAGUUGAUGCCAAUGAAAAUUCGACAGUUAAUAAGAAUUUUGAGCAUCUUUGUACUUUUUUGACGGAUUACGAUAGUUUUUAUCCGUGUGAGGAAAUUGUUGAGGCGCAAUCGUAUUUGCACGAGUUUAUGAGACAUUUUUACACCAAGCCGCAAUUCACAUAUGAAUGAGAUUUUUGUGAAAUAAUUGUUAAAAAAAAUUCUUAUCAAUAAAUUUUUUAAAUAAGAUGUGUAAAGAAAAUCAUCUGAUCUGGUA